CUUCCUUCGGCCAAUGAGAACCAGAGCGCAGCUCCAUCAAAACCAAAGCGCUUUUUUUUCCUUCCAGGCUUGCCUUCCUCCAAAUGUUGAAGUGCUCUGAGAGCGCGGACACAGUCUCCGGACAGAGCCGCUCAGGACGCACUGUCUCUCGUCUCUUAAGUGAUUAAGAAGGAAAGGAAAAAGCAAAGCGCGCCGGGACCGAAUGAAGACCGAAGGAUCUACCCGGAUUCGAGCCCAUGAUGUUGGCAUGGUGCUGGAGGAGCUCGGCUCAGCGGAACACCACUAGCACGCAGAGAUCUCCGGAGCCGCGCGCGGCGGAUGCUCUCCGCGCUCCCGCACACGGAUUACCGCGGCGCCGCGCUCUCGUUUUGUUCGCCCCGUCGACGUCUCGCUUGGACUAUGGCCGCGGCUCCCAGAGUGCCGGGGCCCGACGGGUUUGGAGUUUCGCCCCCGAGCUACACGCGCUCCGGUAACCCGGACCUCACGCGCAGACCCAGCUACUGCCACGCCGCUUUUGCGCUCAAACAGAUCGCCAAGGGGAAGGCUGCGGGUCAGAAAGCUCCGCUGUGGCUCCGGGCAAGGUUCCAGGCUCUCCUCUUUACUCUGGGUUGUCAUAUUCAGCGACACUGUGGAAAAGUGCUUUUUAUUGGACUCCUCGUGUUUGGAGCUUUCUCAGUUGGCCUGCGAGUGGCCACCAUUGAAACGGACAUCGAACAGCUAUGGGUGGAAGCUGGCAGUAGGGUGAGCAGGGAAUUGCGUUACACAAAGGAGAAGCAAGGAGAAGAGGCGGUGUUCACCUCGCAGAUGCUCAUACAGACACCCAAACAGGAAGGAACCAAUCUUCUUACCCAGGAAUCUUUGUUGCUCCACCUGGAGGCAGCUGUGUCUGCUAGCAAAGUCCAGGUGUCUCUUUAUGGAAAAUCCUGGGAUCUUAACAAAAUCUGCUUCAAAUCUGGAGUCCCAAUAAUAGAAAAUGUCAUGAUCGAGAGGAUGAUUGACAAGCUGUUCCCCUGCAUGAUUGUGACCCCACUGGACUGCUUCUGGGACGGCUCCAAACUGCAGGGAGGCUCUGCCUACUUACCAGGGAUGCCUGAUAUUCAGUGGAUGAAUCUGGAUCCUCUGAAGCUCAUGGAGGAGUUAAGCCAGUUCACUUCAUUAGAAGGUUUCAAGGAAAUGCUGGACAAGGCUCAAGUAGGCCAUGCCUACAUGAACCGGCCAUGUCUCGAUCCCAAUGACCCCGACUGCCCACUCAGUGCUCCCAACAAGGACCUGCGUCAGAGUCCAGAUAUUGCUGCGGAACUACAGGGUGGCUGCCAUGGUUUCUCAAAGAAGUUCAUGCACUGGCAGGAGGAGCUGAUCCUCGGGGAACGCAUGAAGAACUCGCAGGGGUUUUUGCAAAGUGCAGAGGCUUUGCAAACCAUGUUUCUUCUCAUGAGCCCCAAGCAGCUAUAUGAACACUUUAAGGAUGACUAUGAAAUCCAUGACAUCAACUGGAAUGAGGACAAGGCCACUGCCAUCCUGGAGUCUUGGCAGAGAAAGUUUGUUGAGGUGGUCCACGAAAGCCUUCCUCAGAACUCGUCCUCUAAUGUCCACGCUUUUUCUACCACCACACUCAAUGACAUCAUGAAGUCCUUUUCUGAUGUCAGUGUCAUCAGGGUAGCAGGAGGAUACCUGCUCAUGCUGGCCUAUGCGUGUGUGACCAUGCUCCGGUGGGACUGUGCUAAGAGCCAGGGGGCAGUAGGGCUGGCUGGAGUGCUGCUGGUGGCUCUGUCUGUAGCUGCAGGUUUAGGAUUAUGCUCUCUGAUGGGGUUGUCUUUCAACGCUGCCACUACACAGGUGCUGCCUUUUUUGGCGCUGGGAAUAGGGGUGGAUGACAUGUUCCUUCUGGCUCAUUCUUUCACAGAGAGUGGCUCCACCAUCCCCUUUAAGGAAAGGACUGGUGACUGUCUCAGAAGGACUGGCACUAGUGUGGCUCUCACCUCUAUUAACAACAUGAUCGCCUUCUUCAUGGCAGCCCUAGUGCCCAUUCCUGCUCUUCGGGCUUUCUCGUUGCAGGCUGCUGUUGUGGUGGUAUUUAAUUUUGCCAUGGUCCUGCUCAUCUUCCCCGCAAUUCUGAGUCUGGAUUUGCAUAGACGCAAGGACAAAAGACUGGACAUCCUCUGUUGCUUCUACAGCCCAUGUUCCUCCCGAGUGAUCCAAAUCCAGAGUCAGGAGUUCUCUGAUGCCAAUGAUAACCACACUCUCCCUCAUGGCCCACCCACCCCCACUUUUGCUGGUUCCACAAUCACCACCAGCACCCACAUCACCACCACGGUGCAAGCUUUCACCCAGUGUGAUGCUGCUGGUCAGCACAUUGUCACCAUUCUGCCUCCAACUUCUCAGAUCUCCACCAGCCCUCCCUCAGUUGUGUUGUCACCCCCAGACCCCAGACCAGCUGCUGAUCCCUAUGGCUCUCAGCUAUUCAUGCCAUCCAGCUCCACCCGGGACCUGCUGGCCCAAGCAGAAGAACCUCGACUGGAACGGGAGUGUGUACCUCUGCCAUUUUUGCAAUGGAACCUUCCCCGCUUUGCCCGUGAGAAGUAUGCACCGCUGCUGCUUAAGACUGAAACAAAGACAGUGGUGGUGGUGUUAUUUGUGGCACUGCUUAGUCUUAGCCUCUAUGGUACAACCAUGGUCCACGAUGGCCUCUAUUUAACAGAUGUUGUGCCGAGAGACACAAAGGAGUAUGAUUUCAUUUCUGCCCAGUUUAAGUACUUCUCCUUCUACAACAUGUACUUGGUUACGAUGGAUGGGUUUGACUAUGCCCAGUCACAGCGCGAGCUCCUGCAGCUUCACAAUGCAUUCAACUCGGUCAAGUACGUUGUGAGAGACAGUAAUCAAAAACUGCCCCGCAUGUGGCUCCACUACUUCCACGACUGGCUUCGAGGGCUGCAAGCUGCAUUUGAUGCCGACUGGGAAGCAGGCAGGAUCACCUAUGACAGUUACCGCAAUGGUACUGAGGAUGGAGCAUUGGCUUACAAACUUCUCAUUCAGACUGGAUCAAAGAAAGAGCCAUUCAAUUACAGUCAGCUGACAUCUCGUCGUCUGGUAGAUAAUGAUGGUCUGAUUCCUCAAGAGGUCUUCUACAUCUACCUGACUGUGUGGGUCAGUAAUGAUCCACUAGGCUAUGCUGCAUCCCAGGCCAAUUUCUAUCCCCACCCUCAUGAGUGGAUUCAUGACAAAUAUGAUACCACUGGAGAGAACCUACGUAUCCCAGCUGCAGAGCCUCUGGAAUUUGCUCAGUUCCCCUUCUACCUGAAUGGACUUCGGCAGGCUUCAGACUUCAUUGAGGCCAUUGAGAGUGUGCGCUCCAUCUGUGAAGAAUUUAUGCGUAAGGGCAUCCCGAACUACCCCAAUGGAUACCCGUUCCUUUUCUGGGAGCAGUACAUUGGCCUGCGCCACUGGUUCCUGCUAUCUGUCAGUGUUGUCCUGGCCUGUACCUUCCUGGUGUGUGCCAUCUUGCUACUCAACCCCUGGACAGCAGGCAUUAUUGUUUUUAUCUUGGCUAUGAUGACCGUAGAGCUGUUUGGCAUUAUGGGCCUGAUCGGUAUCAAGUUGAGUGCCAUCCCUGUGGUUAUCCUGAUUGCUUCUGUUGGCAUUGGAGUGGAGUUUACUGUGCAUGUUGCACUGGGCUUCCUGACUGCUAUCGGGAAUAGAAACACACGCUCAAGUGUUGCUCUGGAGCACAUGUUUGCACCUGUGAUAGAUGGUGCCAUCUCCACUCUACUUGGAGUGCUCAUGCUGGCUGGUUCCGAAUUUGACUUCAUCAUGAGGUACUUUUUCGCAGUGCUGGCCAUAUUGACAUUGCUGGGAAUUCUCAAUGGCUUGGUACUGCUGCCUGUUCUGCUAUCAAUUGUGGGCCCUCCAGCCGAAGUCGUUCUUGGGAAUAAUGCCAGUGCUGUCUCCAGUCCCUCACCCGAGCCCAUACCCAGGAUUAUGAACAACCAUGGCUACUAUGCUGGGCACAUCCCCAGAGCACCACAACAGGCCUUCACUGAGAUCUCAGACUCUGAGUACUAUUCAGAAACAACCAACACUUCUGGGAUUGGGGAUGAGGACUACAUGCACUCUGAGAGAAAUGCGUAUAUAACCGCACCUACGCAGCCACCAACCUCCCACAUACUGCUGGAGGCCAGCAAGAACCCUUCAUUUCCGAAGCUCACAGUGGUAAAACCUUAUAAUGAAAUUCCAUCAGCAACAAAUCCAAAAGAUCCCCCCAGCGAGGAAACCCAGAACGCAGUCAAUUCCAUCAGUUCACAGAUCACACGGUGGGAUGGCAAACCGGAAUACCAGGGAUCUAGGCGACACCCUUUACCUAACGACGGUGCAUACUCUCAUGGAAGGACUACACACUGUGGUCCCAGGUUACAGCAAGGCAGAGGGCCACAGCUGAACAGGACUAAAGCUCUGCCCCAUGGUUGCAAUGCACUGCAGCAGCCCAACAACACUGUCACCAUGGUUACCGCCACUGCCUCAGUAACCGUGUCAGUGCACCCCAAUCUGCCGGGGUCGUAUCAGGGUACCAUGCACGAGGUCUUUGAGGAUAGUGUAUCAGACUCUUUCGAGAACUCUAAAAGGACUUCACAAACUUAUGGGAGAGCUAAUCAGCCUUCCAAGAGAGACUCUUUACAACUACAAGAUCUGGAAUCCCUAGAUAACAACCAGCAUCAAGCUAAACAGGGUCUAGGUGGAACACGGACCCAAACGGCCAAAGAUUGCUAGACAGCACACAUCGUCACGCCAACAACCCCUUAAACCCCUUUUGUCUGGAAUCUAUCACUGGCUGUUUUGGGACGUCCCAAUAUGCUCUGUCUUUCCGAACUGUAAAUAAGCCUCACAGAUAAGAGGAUUUAUUUUAAAAGAUAUUCAAAUUAUACAUUUAUAAAUAUAUAUUUUAAUACUAAAAGAGGGCAAAACUAUUUAAGAGUACUGUAUCAUGUUUGUAUUCUCUUAUGUAAAAGUCAGAUAUAUGAGAGGAUUCAUGGGCUUUGUUUCCUCUUUUGUAAAGAUUAAGAAAUGUUUUUUAUGUAAAAAUUCAGAGAAGUUGAAUAUUAGGUUAUUGAAAAAUGAAAGGUCAGUGUUCUUUUUUUUGCUGCUAUACAUCAUAUAUGAUGAGAUGAUUUGCCUUGAAAAUGCGCAGUACCCCCUCCCCGAUGUAAGCUGUAACAUGACAUUAACACGUUCUUACACUGCAAAUUUCUUCUGCUUGUUCUCAGAGUGCUUAACCUUUAUACAGUAAUGUGUUCAUUUUGCAAACGCUUGUAUUCAGUGUGACUUAAAUGAAAGACAUCAAGGCUUAAACGACUUGCUCAAAGACCCAACAGUGGGCGUCUAGGAGUGCUGGGAUUUGAUCUCCCUGCACUGUGUCCCCUGAUGGUGUCUCGUCUUUGAUUGCACUGUGACAUGUAGACACGUAAUCGAGAGAUUUCAUCCAUUUUAAACUCAUUUCUUUAAAACUAAAAUUUCUCCCUAGCUUCAUUUAAUUGACAGCAACUUCUGUGCCUUUGUCGCUUCACAUACUAUUGGAUUUGGAUAUUUGACAUUGCUGUAGUUCUCUGCUAAUUACACAGCGAUGAAAAAUGACCCACUUUCCAAUAUGGUGAUAAACUUGACCCCAAAGUUUCCUCCACCUGAAAUUUCUAUUUGCAGUUAUAAUCCAAUGUUCCUGAGACAUAUAGUCAAUACUGAAUUAUCAUCUUAUUUAAGUACAUUAUGAGGUCAGGCUUUUUCUUUCUUUGUUUCUUUGUUUUUUGGCCGUUUAGAGGCAAUACAUAGCUCUAGUCCUGUGCAAUGCUAGAUUAAGUCGUUCUCACGCAGGUUCCUCCAGCUAGGCCAGUGUAUCACUCAUGGAGCUCAUUCAAGCCAGUAUUUCUUCUUUUCUUCUCUUCUCAUUUUGAGUUUUUCAAUACUGGUCACAACACUGCCAGGUUAAACCCAGGGAAACAUUAGAUUUAAGUGGCAGCUUUUUUUGUGUGUGACAGAACUAGAAACAGAACAAUAUGUAGCUACUGAAUCUAAACAACAACGACAAUAAAAAAAAAAAAAAUAAAAAAAAUAACAUAACACAAAAGUCAAGCAAGCAAUCCACGGUAUACAUGUACAUGAAGUACGUGCAUGGUGAGAUAGCGGAAAGGAAAGAUUAGGGGAUGGGGGUCCUGUACUUCUAUUUGAAAUGUAUGUCAUGCCAUAUGAAUUAUUUAUAUGAAAAAAAGUUUUAUUUUUGUAGUUUGUACAGAUGUUAGUCACUAGACUGAUGUUAUAUUUUUAAAGAGUAAAUAUAUUACAAAUGCAAAUAUAUAUAUAUAAUUAUAUCUAUUUGUUGCUUUUUUUUGGGGUGGGUCGGGUGUAAAAUCGGUUGGAGUGGAGGUUUUCAUUUUUUUUUAUUUGCUGUUAGAUGAGGAGAAAUUCUGUUUGGAAAAUGAAGGAGGGGGGUGCGGUUGUCGCUGUCCACCUUGUGUUGCCUUUCUUCCUUCAAAUAUCUAUUUGUUGUCUAAAACACUGACUUCAUAAAUCCAUGUGCAAGAGAAAAAAAAAUAUACACACAACUUUUGUGUGACCAUCAUUUCCCUUCACCCUUAAUAAGAAUACAACUAACAAAAUAAAUGUUUAA